AUGGCCAUUGAGAACCAUUUCUACUGGCCCACCUCUAUGUCCAUGCCGAAGGCUGCUAGCAUCAUAGAAACAGUUGGAAUUUCAGGAGGUGGCCAUCUAUACUGGGAGCCCCAGUGCCAGCAGCCAGUGCCUAAGGGUAUGUCCACCACUGUGGUCCUGCCCCCACACCUCAGAGGAACCUGAAUCUACACUAGCUGCGAGGUACGUCCAGGACCAGAAUUCCUCACCCGCUCCUACACCUUCUAUUCCAACCAUCUCUUCCAAGUCUACCAGUUCUACUACAGGGACCCCUCCUGCCAGGAGUCUGCUCACUCACUGCUCUUCGAGGGCAAAGUCCAUCUGCGCCGGGCCUCCUGGAUCACCCAGGGUGCCACCGAGGCCGACUACCAUCUUCACAAGGUGGGCAUUGUCUUCCACAGCCACCACGCCCUGCUUGACAUUGUCAGGCUCCUCAACCAGACACAGGCUGGCCAGGACUGUACAAGACAGCUGCCCCCAGACUGGGCCUGGCUACCGGGGACACUGUAUGAGCUGCUGAGCUCCCGGGUACCAGGUGACUGCAUGGCAGCACUGGGCUUCAGCAUGCAUGAACUCAGUCUGCUCCACCUGCAGUAUCACAUGCAACAGCUGCCUGGGGAGGAACCCCAUCUAGUCAAGGAGUUGUUCCUUGGGGACAUCCACACCGACUGGCCAGAGAGGCAGCACUACCUUCCCACUGGCUACCAGUGCCCCCUGCAAAGUGUUCUGCACCACACUUGGCCCUGCCUGGCCUGCAGUCGCAUUGCCUGCUCCCAUGAGCGCCACCCACCUGUGCUGCCUUCCCAGCCAGCUCUGCCACUGCACCUGGGUGGUCACUGGGUCAGCACGGGCUGCGAGGCAAGGCCUGCUGUGUUGUUCCUCACUCAGCUCUUCACCUUCGAUGACCACAACCGCUCCUGGGAAGGACACUGCCACCAUUUCUCUGAUCCCGCUUGCCGCCAGCCCACCUUCACCGUGUUUGCAGCUGGCCACUACUCCGGAGGCACCCCAUCCCCCAGGGUCCACGGUGGCACUGAACUGAUAUUUGAGGUGACAUGGGCCUAUGUGACACCCAUGGACCAGGUCACUACAGCCAUACUCAACUUCUCCAAACCAAGCAGCUGUGGAGGCCCAGGGGUCUGGUCAGUAGGCACGGAGAGGGAUGUCACAGCCACCAAUGGGUGCCUCCCAUUGGGUAUAAAGCUUCCACAUAUAGAGUAUGAGCUGUUCAGAAUGGAACAAGACCCCAAUGGGCAAAGCCUGCUUUUCACUGGGCAGAGGCUCCCAGACCGGUCUAGUCCAGACACUCCUGAGAAGCGCCCCACCUCCUUCCAGGCACCCCUGGUGCUCUGCAAGAGAAUCCCCCCACUGGGUGGGCACCAUAUCUUCCUGUCAUACCACUCCCCAUACUACUCCUGGUACAAGGCCUGGCCCCCUUUGGGUGGCUAUGACAUCAGUCUUUGA